UGACAAUCGAUAUUGUUUUAGACGCAUUCUUGGUCGUUCUCGUUGUCAUGAUACAUCGAUGACAUGGCCAUGCAUUGUCCUCAUAAAAGUGAAAUUAUCAGUUGCUCACGACCUCCCGCUUCUCCCAGCAGACCAAAAACCUCUCAGUACAGACAAGACAAACAUGCUUACACUAAUAGUUGCAUCGGUGUCCUCCCGUCGAAUCAAUCUGUAAUCCUCAAGCCUUCUUCUUUAGUGAAUUUUCUGUUUAUUUGUGUAUCUUUUUUGACAUCAUAUGGAUCCAUCUGCAUCUACAACUCGCACAAGAACGGCAACGGUUUAAUCAUGGCCUUCGAGGCUUCCGGCUGUCGCGUGAUUGCCAAACCUGGCGGUCCCGAUGUGAGUCCGCGCGGCGCAGACGGUAUGCAAGGCAUUCACCCUCUACUGCCGCACCAUUCCCUCCUGUUUCAAAACUCCCGCAUGCGUGUGUCGCGGUUGGUUUUGCCGCCGCCGGGCGGGGAGCCAGGUGAGGAUGUUGUUGUUUGCUCGAGAACAGCGCAGCCGCUUGUUUUACUCGUGGGUGAUGAUGCAUCCAUACUUACUCAUGUCAACAUGGUACAAUAAAAGUCAAAAACAAUAAAAACAGCUUCUGCUCCCACGGCAUUCUCGGCUACAACUGGAUCUGCUGAGUAUGAAAUGUUCCAUCCCUACCCGACCGUUAGAUGGCAAUCCGAAGUGCUCGAGCGGCCUGUGCCUGGUGUCAGGAUUUCAUACAAAAUUGCCGACAUGGUGGAACAAGAAGAACCCUGGCGCGGUUUAGGCGAGCGAGACCUGCAGGACAUGGCAGAUUGGACCAAAGCAGUAGAAAUCGGCGGAGAAAAAAGUGGAUACAACAAAUCCUCGCUAGAAGAUGACUUUGACUCCUGUCGUCCCAGUGGACAAGAAGGUGCCCCUAGAAGUGUUGGUCCUCCUGCAAUGGAAAUUCCCGAUAGGAAGGCUUUCUUUGUGCAUCAAAGCGUAACGAUGAAAGUUUCGCUGAACAAUGCAACACGGUCUGCGAACACGAACACGGGCGAGGAGUGCAACGACGCCGGGACAACUCCUCCCGCCCAUUUCCGCCAAUUCGCUUUCGAAUUUCUGGAGUCGAAGCCCCGCUACACCAGGGAAAAGGUCCAAGAGCUGCUCCACUCUUGCCCGAAGCGAUUUGUGAGAAGUAGGGAAACAGGGGCAAAGGUCCCUUACUGCUCGACUGAUGUGGGCACCAAACUACUUUUCGAAAACGAUAUCUGUCGGGUUUGGGAUUUCUAUCUCGAACCCGACGAGGGUGGAACGGCGAGCACAGUGCACCACCACACGCUGCCCUAUGUCUUCGUGAACACUGAGGCGUCACGUCUGCUUGGCUACAGUGCCAAAUUACAAGACUUGGAAAGCGCGAGGCAAGCGGAUGAGGCCCUUCGAACUGGAAAUAUCACGGGAGAAGCCGUCGCCUUUCCGACGGCUGAGGAGCUGAAAUCCUUGCAGAUUUUUGACUCCGUCAGUGCCGGUAGCCAAGUUACGUGGACGGACAUUCCAGAGCAUGCGUGCUUCGAUCAUGACACGUACUCCCACGGGGGGAAGAAUGGGUGGUCCGAGAAACCCAUGCGCGAGUAUUUGGUAGAACUCAAAUAGAGAGUAGAGUUAGGCGAGACAUAUAUUGCUGCAGAAAGAGACCCGAGCAUCGAAAAAGAAACCCUUCUAUCUUGUCUUAUCAUUUGAAAAACUUCAUUUUGGUUCGAGUUUAGACACUGCGACUAAACCACUUGCAUUGUUCGAAA